GAUCAAAGCCGCCGCUUCCCUAGAGAGAGAAACCGGGUGGAAGAAAAUGGUGUAAAUGCUAAGUGGCGGCGAAGAGGGUAAGAGCCGGUCGGAGCCAAACGAUGGGGAGUCGACAACGCCGAGGGUGUUGACGAUUCUUUCGUUCGUUAUGGAGAGACUGGUGACUCGAAAUGAUGGGUUGGUGGUGGUGCAGAGAGGUGGCUUGAAGGAACAACCACCACAACAGGUGGUGGAAGGUGAGGUGAGGUCGCCGCCGGGAGGGAAGGGGUUGAAUGCUUUUCAUGGAGUAAGAGCACCGAGUAUUAGCAUAUCAAAGUACUUGGAGAGGAUAUAUAAGUACACAAAUUGCAGCCCUUCUUGCUUCGUGGUGGGGUAUGUUUAUAUAGAUAGGUUGGUGCAUAGGCAUCCUAACUCGCCUGUGGUUUCUCUCAACGUCCAUAGGUUGCUGGUUACUAGUGUCAUGGUUGCAUCCAAGAUGCUUGAUGACUUGUAAGCUCUCUCUCUCUCUCUCUCAAGAUACA